AUGCUGGCCCGACUCCUUCACAUGUGCAGUAUGCUCCUAUUAGCGGCAUGCAUCAGCCAGGGCUCCGAAGACGCCCGCACUACUGCGGCGCGCAAUGCGUGCGUGGACUUUGUCUGUACCAACUCGUCCGUGUUUGCCAUCUACGGCAACGCAUGCCUCCCGCUCAACAUGUCCUUGCGUCGCGAUUGCAAGCGAUUAUGUCCGACGUUUGUGUCGGUGAGCAACAACUGCGACAAGUGGGGGCUCCUCUGCGUCCAAGCGUGCAUGGCGAACCAGAAGCGGCUCGGCUUCCCCGUCACCAAGAGCUCAAGCAUCAACUUGUAA